CGGAGCGACAGCUGCGUCCAUUCACUGCUUCACGGGGAUGAAGUGCGUUAAAACCCAACGGUGAGGUGUUUUUACCGGCGGACAUGUCUCUGUCGUCCAUACACAGCUCGGACACGAGCAGCCGGAGGAGGAGGCCGGCUGAACACACACAAGAUCUUCUGUGGGAUCAUGAUCCACAGGCAGCCGGUCACAAUCAUGAAGAGAUCCAUGACCGACUGUGCGGAGGUCCACAAACUAAUUCAACAGACACUCCAUCUUCUCAUCACUCCACACAUCCUGCACUGUGCACAACCAAAUGCAUGCCUGCACAUGCAUGUCCAAGCCAUCACGUCUGUGAAGAUAACUGGGAGGAGAUCCAAAGCAAGAGAACCAUCAGAGCAGAGAACGAAGUGGAAGCCAACAAACUGGUCAACAACUACAGGUUUGGUUUCAGAAAAUGGAAGAGCCAUGUGACGGAGCGUCCGUUUGAAGUCAGGUCAGAGGUUGUGAAAGAGCUCUACUCUGAACUGAACAUCAUUAAACCACAUUCAGGUCAUCUAAUUACAUGUGGAAAUGUGGCGUAUGUGCUUCUCUUCGGCUGGUGGGUCUCUCUGGCAUAUUUCCUGAUCGGUAUACUUAUGUUCCUCACCAUCACUGGUGUACCAUACGGCAAGCUUUGCUGGAAGUUGUCCAGCUACUUCCUUUGGCCAUUCGGCAAGAUAAUCCAUGAGAUUGGAAAUACAUUGAGGAGAUGUUGUGAGCAAGCUCCUGACUGUGAGUGUAACAUAGACGGGUCGGAUGAUAAUUCACCAGUUCUGCUGCCUUCACCUACAGAGGUGCCAAUCCCAGAGCUGCCCGGACGACCUCUGCACACUCCAUACUGGCAUCGUUUCUCCACUUACGUGUGGCUGCUGCUGGGAUAUCCUCCUCUGAUAAUUAUCCACUCACUGGCCUGCUUCCUCUCCUGGAUCCUGGUCUUCACCAUCCCUGUUUGCAAGAUGAAUGCUCGGACACUGAGCGUCAUUCUUCUCUUGGCUCCGGAGGACGUCUCGGUCUCCACCUGCUCACAAAGGAAGCAUCAAGUCUACGAGACCAGUGCAAUCCUGUGCUGCUACCACGCUGCAAACUGGUACUACUACAAAUACACCGUUGAUGGGAUCAAUGUGUUUGCUGUCAACCUUCUCCCUCUGGUGAUAAUUGCCAUGGUGGUUGGAUAUGUUGACAGAGAAAACCAGUUCGCCAGCUCUAAUGUCAAGUUCGCCAUAGCAAUCUGCUCCAUCAUACCUCUGUCUCAUUAUAUCGGUAUGGGCAUUGCCAGUAUCUCAGCGCAGAGUAACUUUGCAGUGGGUGCAGUGGUGAACGCCACCUUCGGCUCCAUCACAGAGUUGACCUUUUACAUCACAGCCCUGCUCAGAGGUCACCGUACUGCCAACCCGUGUCUGCAGGAGGUUGUUAAAGCAGCACUGACAGGCACGCUGCUCGGAUGCAUCCUCUUUAUCCCUGGCAUCUGCAUGAUAAUUGGAGGGCUGAGACACAGCGAGCAAAGAUUCAACAGUCGCUCUACAGGAGUGAGCUCUGCAUUGCUUUUCAUCUCUGUAGGAGGUGUGUUCGCCCCCACGCUGUUCUCCAAGGCGUAUGGGAACCUGGUGUGUGACGCCUGCACCAACUCCACUGGAGGAAACAGCACAGGCAACAGCAGCGGGCCGUUUGUCUGCCACAACUGCCACUACGAUCUGAACAACGGUACAUUGUUCCACAACCAUGUGGAGCCACUGGUUUACACCGUGUCUGCCCUCCUGCCAGUUGCUUACAUCAUCGGUCUGAUGUUCACUCUGAAGACGCACUCCCACAUUUAUGACAUCCACGUGGGAGAGGGAGAAGUGACUGGCCACCAUGGAGCCGUGGUCCACUGGUCUCGGUGGAGGUCUCUGGUCAUCCUCAUCAUGGCCACUGUGCUCACGUCUGCUUGUGCCGAUCUCAUCACGGAGCACAUCCAGCCCAUACUAAACCAGCCCGACAUCUCUCAGUAUUUCAUCAGUGUAACAAUUCUCGCUAUGGUUCCUGAGAUCCCAGAGAUCGUCAAUGGGAUCCAGUUUGCUCUCCAAAACAACAUUAGCCUGAGCUUGGAGGUGGGAAGCUGUAUCGCAGUUCAGGUGUGCAUGCUGCAGAUUCCAAUUCUGGUCUUAUUUAAUGCCUUCUAUGAUGUUGGAUUUGUGCUACUGUUCAGUGACGUGCACUUGUGGGCCAGCAUCUUCAGCGUGAUUCUUGUAAACUACAUCUUCAUGGAUGGCAAGUCUGAUUAUUUUCAAGGUACAGCUCUGGUGGUCGUCUACCUUAUUCUGCUGGCUCUGUAUUACUUCGCCCCUUCUCCAGCAGGCUGCUGACUGUGGGACUCCAAUUUGCAAUUUCAAUACCACUCGCUGUUGAUGAGAUUUCAUCCUGAUGGGGUCACGACUAAAGUAUUGUGUGAAUCCUGACAUGAGCCUUUUCUUAAGCAUUUUGUUUUUGUUGCCGUUUCUUAAAUUAUACAUAUAAAUUAUAACAAAACUGAAUAUUUUAAUCUCAGGUGGGUACUUGUUGCACGAAUAUGUUACUACUGUAGUUUGUUUGCUAAAAAUACUGACUUGUGUGUUCUCACACUCGUAACUUCUUAUUGUGAUUGUAAACUGUGGAAAUGAUGAAGGAAAGAGAAACAGUAUUUUUACAAAACAAAUGAAUAUUAUAAUGUAAAGUAUCUGCACUACUGCUAUUUUGUUUAAGGUACUGUUGUACUAUAUUUUGUAUACUUUUUAACACCAAAAUGUUAACUGUCUGCAAUAACAAUAUAAGUGACUUUAUUUUAGAUAAAACACUGGAUGUGCUUAGCAAGAACAAUAAAUGUCAAUACAACCUUUUGAAAAACUGGCUGCCUGUUUUUAUUGUUUGUACAGACAGAAAUUACAAAACAAAUGUACAUUACAGCCAUAAUUGCUUUUGAGGAGACAUUCACCUUUCCUCCCGAGAGUUUAUGUAACGUGGCAUGCACACCGUACCGACAUGCAAAAGAUAUCAUUUAACUUUCGUUAACAUCAAAAAUGAUGCAAAUACAAAUAUCUCAUUCAAAGCAAUGCAGUACAUUUAUCGACGCCGAGCACGUGGUGAAGCUGCAGCUUCAUAAGAUAUAAAUAAGGCCGUAACAUGUUUUUAAACAUAAAAAUGUGAAAAUGGGAUCAUGAUAAAAAAAAGGUUUGCUUAAUAUUAUAUAGUAUUAUACCAAUAGCUAUGUGUAAGACAAAAUGUUUAUAUUCAAAAUCAAGGUAGAGGUGAACAAACAGGUGAAAAAAGAGGUAAACGUGCGACUCAGUACAAGCAGCUGGGAGUAUUACUACAGUAUUAAGAUAACAGUCGGCAGAAAUCCCCAAAAGUCAUCAUCAAACUAAUCUUGGUGUAAAUCUGCUUUCACAAGAAAAACUGAGCCUGUUGACAUCCUGGCGAUGAAGUAUGUUUACGGGGCUCAACAGAUCGAGUCUGACCGCAGUACUUCACAUCUUACAUACUCUCCCUUGAUACUAGUUUAAAAAGUCCCAUGAUGCCACUUGUUUUCAAAGUACCACAACACUACAGCACAAUGUUCUCCAGACAAAAAAAACAAAAGUUUAAAAAAUGACAGUACAGCCUACGUUAAAGUAUAAAAAGUUAAAAGGGAGUGAAAUGACAUUAAAAUCUGGUGAAAAAGAAAUGUAGCUACACGUUUUGCUACAAUUCAAAGUUCUGCAAUAUAAUAAAACAGUAGCAGAGUGAGUAAAAUAAAUACAUAAAAAAAUGUUUCUGUGUUUAAAUUAAUAAAAAACCUCCAGAAAGGUUCAGCAAGAAAAAGCUAAUGUGGAGAACACCAAAGGGGGGAAAGGCUUUGACGUGUGCACAGUUCAGAGAGUAAUGAACAAAUCAAAAUCUUAAAAAAGACUAAAUAAUGUGUGUGACAUUUUGGAAAUUCAAAAGGCACCAAAUGUAGAAAUUAAAAAAGCUUGAGAAUCACUGUGGAGCUACAAGUGUAUAAAUUCAUUUCUAGUUUAAGCUUAAUUUCUCCUGGAAAAGGAAGAAUAAUGAAAGAGGCACUAGAAGAGUCACAGUGAUGCCAUCAUGUCGCGGGGGUUUUAAAGCAGCUUUUGUUUUUUUUUUUUUCUCACAAGGCUUAAUUGGACCAGUGAGGGUGACAUUUUUAGAUUUUAACUGUAUAGUUAUGAUCAUAAGUCACUAUCAGCAUGCAAUCAGAAAAGCUCUUUAGGCUAAAACAUGCCUUAAAAAACUGACCUAAUUAGACUUUUGAGAGGUUGACAGUUAUAAUGUGUCCAUGCUUUAUCAGCAGUGGGCCUCUUUUCAGAACCUGGCUGUUCUCUAACUAAUUAAAUGUAAAUUUAAAGGGGAACACCACCCAAAUUAAGAGUUUCAGUACGUUAUUUCCAUGGUCUAGGAAAGUUUAAUCAAUAUUUGUGAACACAAGCUACUCUUUAAGAGAUAAGUCUCAAACGUGCGAUGUCAUAAAGGCUGAAGCUGCUCUGUAGACGACGAAUGGGAGACUGAAUUUGUGGAACCACAGAUCGUUUGUUUUCGGUUUCAAAUUAUCCAUUGUAGUGUUUUCAGUUCUAAAACAGAAAAUGUACUGAAACAGAACAAUGUUAUCUAGAACAUCUUUCCUAAUUCAUCAUCAAUGGUGCAACUCCAGACUUUAGGACAUCACAAAUUUGAGUUUCAGCUCUCUAGUUUUUAGAUUUGGGAGAAAGUUGCUCAUAUUUACUCAUAUUUCUGGACUGUCUUAGACCCUUGGAAUAACCAGAAAUUUGAAAAUGGGUGUAGCUCCCCUUCACGUUGUUUUUUUAAGUUAUUUUCUAUCUAACCUGUGUCACAGUGGGCCUGAAACAAGCUGAUCUCAGUCUCUGAAAUAAGUCUAAAUUUACACGAGCAGAAGCAACAUUCAUUUAGCAUUGUCCUUUAGGUCUUUGGAACAUCUAGCUAUUCCUGCUCAUGCCCCACAGAUUUCUGUGACAGUGAUGUGGCUAAAAAGAAACAAACACACCUACAAAAAAAACAAAUAAGGAAUGCACUACAUAUUGGACCCAAAAUGAUGAGAGCAAAGCACAAACGGUGAUCCUGGUGUCCACACUGAUACAUGGCUUCUGAUGGAUGCAUGCAAACUCAGAUCUCACACAUUUGCAUACAGAGACUCAAAUCAUUGUACUUUGCUUCUUUUCUUAAGAAUACCUUGCCUGCAAAAUGACAACUUGUGUAUCAAUUACUGUUGUGUGUUACCUUUAGUUCAUGCAGAAAACUUGUAAAACAUUCUUUAUAAAUUAAAGUAAAACUAGACCAUGUUUAAUAGCGAAACAAUAUUAAAAACUCUCACACAACUCGUGCUGUAUAAUCCAAACCUCAUUUAUCCAGGUGUAUGCUCAGUGCUUCCCAAACAUUCAUUUUGACUAAAACAUUACAAUAUAAAACACUUGUUCCUAUGAGUAGCACACCCUGAGCGUGCCUGAGCAGGUGCAUGCAUACGAGCUCUGCUUCAGCAGAGUGCAUGUUUGUAUUGACGUGUUUUAAACUGCAAUACUUCAGUGAAAAUGCAUUUGUUUGUUAA